AAAAUUGUUGUUCAAAUAGUUAAAACUGUUAUUAGAAAGUAAAUUUAAAACUGAUAGCUGUCCUGAUCAGGAUCACAUUGAAAUGACCAAUCCAAUUAAAGACUGAAUUAAAUAUCUAUUAAAAGUGAUAAUGAUAAUGAUAAGAGUGCAAUAUCUACUGAUAAUUUCAUGGAUGUUGGACACAGUCGACUGCUGAAGUUCUUUGUGAAACAGCCUAAAAUGGAGCAACACACCUUAAAAAUAGAAAAUCUAGGGCCUUCAGAAAUCGAAUGUGAGGUACCAAGGCAACAGAAGCUUCGAGAAGAUGUACCAAUUGAGAACAAGCCAGAAAUCCUAAACGAAGCACAAAUAGAAUGGGAGGUUCUUCGGGAUAUGGUGAAGAAGCCAAUCUACAUGGGACUGCAAGAAGAGGUUAUACUUUCACCGCACCAGAUUAGACCACCUAGUGUUCAACAAGAAACUAUAGGGAAAACAGAUAAAACACCAGAAAAGCCGCAGACCAGAAUACCCGUGUCCAGGUUCAAACCCGCGGCUGAGCGAGUGCUGAAAGAGAAACGAGAUGCACUGAAGAGUAAAAGAGAGGCACCAGAAAAGCCUCGACAUACUUCUAUCCCCAAACUAAAAGAGAGAACUGUAGCAAAGAAAAAUCCCCCGACAGAUGAAGUUCGUCCUAUCAAUACAGAAAUUAAAGCGAAAGAAGUGAAAGAAGAAACAUCGCUCAAAACUAAUCUAAAAAGGACAACUAGAAAGGACAGAAUUCCGGUUAUGAGUAAAGAUCACUAUAAACUAACAAAGAAAGAAGUUAAGAAAGAUGAACCAGUUAAAACAGACUCACUUGAAAAAUUUGAUGACGAAUUGAUAAACUUUAUGAAGAAAUAGUUGACA